AGUAUCCCUCACUGAUCCCACACAGGCUCAUUCUAAGCCCGGAGACUUGUGGAGGAGAGGCCGAUGCUGAUGCAGCUUUUAAAGGCAGGAAAAUAACAAGCCCAAACUAACAUCAUGAGUAUGAACUACGCGUCUGCGGCGCCCACGCACAGGUCCACGUCGUUUUUCAUUGAGGACAUCUUAUUGCACAAACCUAAGCCGCUGAGAGAGGUCCUUCCCUCGCCGUUCUGCAGCUCCUUGGCCUCCCGGAUGCCCCUCCUGGAGUAUGGAUACCCACUGAUGCCAACCCCAAUACUGGCGCCACAUCCGCACCAUGCUCUCCACAAGCCAGAGCAUCACCAGUACUUCUUCACUUCUGGGAUGCAGAUGCCAACCUUGUUCCAGCACCACGCAGAGUUACCAGGGAAGCACUGCAGACGCCGGAAGGCCAGGACGGUCUUCUCCGACUCGCAGCUGUCUGGCCUGGAGAAGAGGUUCGAAAUCCAGCGGUACCUGUCCACACCGGAGAGAGUGGAGCUGGCCACGGCGCUCAGCCUGUCCGAGACACAGGUAAAAACUUGGUUUCAGAACCGGCGGAUGAAGCACAAGAAGCAGCUGCGGAAGGCGCAGGACGAGCGGAAGCCCGCCGGGGAGCAGGACCGGUCCGCGGACAACUCCAGCGGCAGCGAGCUGAACGACGGGAGCGCGGAGGAGCGGAAACACGGCCUGGAGGCGGACUCGUACCUGCUGGAGGAAAACGACGACGAUGUGGAUAUCGAGGAAGACAUUUGUUCCCCGGAUCAUCUACUAUAGUAGGCUGAACAUCGUUUUAUAAGCAACGACUUUGACACUGUAAAUGCACUGUAGAUAACACUGGUUCCCCCUCCCAUUACAUAGGCCCUACAUAUAUAGGCUAGUUAACUGCUUUAAAACAAUCCAUAUGACAUCGUUAAAUAAUUAUAGGCCUAUUAUAAUAAUUUAUUCAAACAUGCAAAACGGGCCCAUUGAUUUUUAACAAUUGUCCCUUUACUUCUAUGCUGAAUUUUCGGGUUGUUAUGUCUGACAAAACACAGAAUAUAUCACGCUAUUAUAACAUUAUUAUUAUUAUUAGCCUAAUUACUAAAAUGUCUAGACACUUUUUUGUUCUGAAAUGUCACACCUGUCUUUUUAAUUUUUCAGAUUAUGUAGGAAUGAUUAUAAAGAACCCAGAUAAAUAGUUCCUUGCUUUGUAUAGACGCAUCGCCCUGCCCCAUCCAUCCGCACUUUUAUUCUAAAAGACAUUUUCCAUGCUACUCAACUGUUUUCUCCCUCUUUUUUCUCAAUUAAUUUACUUUUUAUAUUUCAUUUGCCGUCUGUUUAACGUUUUGUAAAUGAAGUUUUGGUCUAAGACACUUCAGUGUCUGACAUUUAUAUUUGUGUCUGUAAAUAUAUAUAAAUAUAUAUAUAGUAGCCUAUAUAAAUAAUGAUAAUAAUCGGUUCUCGGCUUCAAUUAUUCUGAACCUUUAUUUCUUUUUAAGGCUAAUUUUCUCUUUGUUGUUUACAUGUUUCUACCUUGCCCUAGCGGGGGUUAUUUGGAAUAGCAAUAAAAAGAAAAACAUAAAAUAUACCAGUAAUGUUAUUAUUUAAGAUGCACGUGUGCACGCGAUCCUGUGAUCAUGUUAAAAAAAUUCAAGAAUCCAAGAAGAAAGAAUUCAAAACGCUGUUGUCUCCACAGCAUGGACCCCAGCCAGGUUUAACUCCCACAAAUAGACAGCAAGAAAUUACAAAUAAAUACGUACAUACAUAAAUAAAUAAA